AUGGUCUCUGUGUUGUCAAACAGGCCGGGAAGCUUCAGCUUCUGGUUUUCUAUUCUAACAGCAUGGCUACUGUGCUGGGUUAUAUCUGCUACUGCACGCCCUACUUGCCAUGUCGAGCGUCAGGAUGAAGAUUCGCAUUGGGUGGCAACAUGGGUCUCGAUGCCACAGCUAGUAGAACCCAAUAACAUGCCUCCAGCUCCAUUUUCUGGUUCAGCUACAUUUAAGGAUGCUACACUUCGCCAAACGCUCCACCUGUCUAUCGGUGCGGAGAGGCUUCGUUUUCAGAUCUCCAACACCUUCGGUGGUAGUGACCUUCCCAUCACAGAAGCUUCCGUAGCCCUUCCAACAGAUGGCGAAAGUGGCGUCAAUGGUGUUGACACAGCUACAUUGAAAGCUCUAACGUUCAAUGGCUCGGCUUCCGUCACGAUACCCAGGGGCCAAGUUGCCUACUCGGACCCGGUCGAUUUCAAAGUUGAACCUCAAGGCACGAUCACGGUUAGCUUAUAUUCGCAGCCGGGUCAGUCUGGCAGCAGCAUUACUGGACAUCCAGGAAGCCGGACUACUUCGUUCAUGCAACAAGGAAACCAUGCCAAUGCCUCGACUGUUACAGGAGCGAGCACGGCACACUGGUACUUCCUUACCGCUGUCGAGGCCUGGGCUCCGUCGACAACUGCCGCUUUGGUAAUUCUUGGUGAUAGUAUUACAGAUGGACGUGGAAGUGAUGAUAAUGCUAAUAACCGCUGGCCCGAUCUGCUUCUAGCUAGAAUGCAGAAAGAAGGAAUCACCGACAUUGCCGUGUGCAACCAAGCAGCAGGCGGCAAUACUGUACUUACCGGAGGCCUAGGCCCGCCUCUGAUGCAGCGGUACAAGCGAGAUCUUCUCGCCACCGCCGGCGUCAAGUAUGCCCUCAUAUUCGAAGGAGUGAAUGAUAUCGGAAGCGCAUCUGCCGACUCGGGAACACAGUCACGCAUCGGAACCAGCCUCGAAUCAGCUUUCAAAACCAUUGCUACCGACGCCAAAGCAGCCGGGAUAACCGUAUUCGGAGCUACGAUCACCCCGUUUGGCGGAAGCGGGCAGAGCUACAGCAACCCGACUAGAGACCAAGCUAGGCAGUCUGUAAACACAUGGAUCCUAGGUGGCGGCGACGGAAGCUUCGCCGCGACGGUUGACUUCGCUAAGAUCGUGGCUAACCCCUCGAAUGCGGCUAACUUGGCUACUCAGUACGACGGAGGUGAUCAUUUACACCCUAACGUUGCUGGAUACCAAGCGAUGGCCGACCAGUUCCCCCUGGAUAUUUUCAAAGGAAAUACAACUAUGUAUCAUCACAAGCACUAUUGAAUAAGUUAGCUAUCAUCGUAUAUAACAUUGACCUAACAUCCACAGAAGCGCUCCAACUUUGAAGAUUUUAUUCCAGGAGUGAUAAGUGUUAUAAUUGAGCUUUUAGUUGACCUUCAAGGAUGAUUGUAUCUAGGUAGCAUUUCUAACCUUGGCAAGGUUCAAUCUGAAUAUUCCAUCUCGUUCGGAGAAGCUGAAGUUGCCCCUUUUCGGGAGAUAUAUCAAAGACAAAGGGAUAGUUGUGUAACAAGAUUCAUGUUAGAGGAUGAUAUUGUGAUAUGAGAAUUAUUUAUACACAAGCGAGCUGCUUAGAGGUAGAUAAUACUGCUCAAAAACGAUGUAGAGACCUGAUGGAAUAUAAAGGAACAUAGGGACAUUAUCAAGCC